CUUCUGGGCAGCCCACCCUGCCUCAGACCGGCAGGACCUAGUGUCCGUCACAGGUGACCAGGUCAGCAGGUCACAGGCAACCUUACCCUCCAGCAUGAACGAACACUCCCCCCUCGCCCCAGCUGCACCAAAGUCCUCACACAUCCUGGCAGAGUUCGCAGAGUGGAGAAGCUCCACAGGCUCAGGCCUGACUGUCGUCCUCUUGCUCUUGUCACUCCUCAGCCUCUGCAUCCCUCUCGCGUCUACUCUUCUGCCAGAAACCGUGGCCACCUGCCCGCGCAUCCUGUCCCCACACACUCUCCCUUCAUGGCCAUUACAUCCCUCAUCUCUCAAGUCACACCAUCACCCAAGUAUCGAGCCCGAACUCCCUUUCUCCCCCCUUCUUCCUGGCACCAUAAUCGCUUUACCUGCAUAACCAGAAGACUGCUCCUCACAGAUGUGACCCCCAGCUCACUCGCCUGGGGCCACACAGCAGCCACGAUAUUUUUAGAGGUCUCCCUUAUGAACCCCCCGCCCCCCAGAUUUCCGGUGCUGUGUGUUGGCUGCCUACUUAAUGCGUCCACUCAGUGCUCCCAAAACAUCUCCUGCCCACACAUCACUCAAACUACCAACUUCCUCAUCUCCAUUGACAGCCUCAUCCCCAUGUCCAUGUGAACAAAACCCUGGAAGUAUCCCUGAAUCCUUGUUUCACCCCGUGACAGGGUGAAACAUUAGAAAAUAGAGUUGUCACUUGAAACACACAUCCCGACUCCAACGACCUGUAAGCCAGGGCCCUGGUCCAAUAACCCUCACCGAGACUAUGACAGUAGCCUCCUCCCUGAACUCGCAGUCUACACUUCAUGCUAUAGCGGGGUGGAUCCCAUGAGGCCCUUGGUAAUGUCACGUCCCUGCUCACAUCCAAGCUUCCCAUUCCCACCACAAGAGGCACCCAACUUCUCAGGCAGUCGUUCCGGUCCUGACUCCUGUGCCCCUGCUCCUUGUUCCCAACCGAAACAAAGGGACCGUUCGUUUCCUGAAUAGUUCCGGCUGGGUGUUAACUCCAGCGUGUGCACACCUCGCUACCAGGUCCUGGGACAACCGUCCCCACACCAAUUACCACAAACGGAAACACCUUCAUGUAACUCCUGGCAUGGGCCUGGGGUUUCUCCAGGGUCUCCAGAUCCCUAACUUGCGGAAUGGCACCUAAGAGUCCAGGGGACACAACAAUCCAGGAUAAGGGGUUCGGGGCCAAUCAGGGACUGGGGCCCCGCCCACCUGUUCGUGUAGGUUCCAAAAACGCCCCUGCAGCCCCGGGAAAUGGGGGCGUGUCCAGUCUUGGACGCGGGAGGCCACGGCGGGUUCCAGGGAUCGAGGCUCCCCGAACUCUUGCCGGCCCUGAAGACUACGACUCGACUCGGCUGGCAGUUCAGCCUCUGUGCCUCAGUGCUCUGCAUCGCCCCUCACCACGCGUCCCUCCCCUGCAGCCCCCUCCCGCACCCCGUCACGCCGGCGCUGAGACACCGGGCCCCUGGCCGCGAGUGCCUUCCCGGCCCGGACACCGGACCUGGGCCGCAGGGACGCGAGCAGGCGCCCCGCGUUCGGGCCUCGAGGGUCUGGGUGGGGGAGGGCGGGGAGGGCCCUUGGGGCCGCGCGGUUACCUCAGCCGGGUCCCUGGGCGCGGCCACCGCCAUCGGACUCUGUGGGUGGGCGGUGGUCACCCGGGCGGGCGGUCCCUGUCCCUCUCGGGUCGGGGUAGCUCGGGAGAAGUGGCGACCCCAACCCCUAACGGUUCAGCAGGGUUGGCGCCUCCUCUCGCACCUUCUUGGUCCGGUUAUGUCACUGUGGAAGCGGAACUCCGGAACCUGUUACCAGGUGUGGAAUCUUAAGCUGGUCAAUCUGGAAUUACCUGGUCGGCACUAGUGAGGUAAUCUGCCUGAUAGAGCUCUACUGUCCCCCAAAGGAAGGU